GCAGCUGGUGUUGCAUUUCUGCCCCAGCGAUUUUCCAUUCCGUCCUCCGUCUCUUUCGCUUUCUAAACUCGAAACUCUCCUCAAAGCCCAACCGUAUUGAUCUGCGUGUAUCAAUCUCCAUUAUCAGCUAUAAUUUCCCAUCCAUCUCUGUGUGCGCCGCAAUUUUAAACUGGCCAUUGAUCGUCGAAGGCUAAUAACAGCGGAUUACAUCCAUUGGCCUGUUGAAACGUGUCUGAUCAUGUCGGAUAAUCCUGGCUAAUUUGCCCCUUCACUCUUCCCUCUCAUUGUGUGAUGCCGAGACCUGUGUGGAUUCUUGUCCGUGUUGAUCGUGGCGCCCAGCAGCUCCAUGAUCCAAAUUCUGCCGCGUUUCAUCCGUAAGAACGUCAUGCAGUCCAGUAAUCCGCCUGCCACCGUCAACGGCGCUCCGUCACACCAUAAUAAUGGCUCCUCAGCGGCGCCUGUGCAGCAGAAUGGCUACAAGGCCGAAGUGCGCCUGCAUGCCAUGCCUUGGUUCCACGGGAAGAUCGGGCGCGACAAGGCGGAGCAGCUGCUGACGCCGCCGUUCGACGGGAUGUUCCUGGUGCGCGAGAGCACCAACUUCCCCGGCGACUACACCCUGUGCGUGUCCUACGCCGGCAAAGUGGAGCACUACCACAUCAUCUACCGCAACAACCUCCUCACCAUCGACGAGGAGGAGAUGUUCGAUACCCUCGCACAACUUGUCGAGCAUUAUCAGUUGGACGCGGACGGGCUGUGCACGCAGCUGAGCAUUCCGGUGCCGAAGAAGGGCAACCACGAGGUCUGCGUGGACACCAAAGCCUUCGAGGACGCCGGGUGGGUGGUGCCCAGUCAGGAGCUGCAGCUCGGCGACGUCCUCGGCAAGGGCGAAUUCGGAGACGUUCUGCUGGGUUAUCUGCGUGGCUGCAAAGUGGCCGUGAAGAGCCUGAAGGAUCCGCAUGCCGUGCAGAUGUUCUUGGCCGAGGCGUCCGUCAUGACGGCCCUGCGGCAUCCCAACCUGGUGCAGCUGAAGGGCGUGGUGCUGGACGGGCCGUCCGUGUACCUCCUCACCGAGUACAUGGGCAAGGGCAACCUCGUCGACUUCCUGCGUUCCCGCGGCCGCCAGCACGUCACCAAACGCGACCAGCUCCUCUUCUCCCGGGACACGUGCGCCGGCAUGGCCCACCUGGAGGCCAAGAAGGUGGUCCACCGGGAUCUGGCGGCGCGCAACGUGCUGCUGUCGGACGGGCUGACGGCCAAGGUCAGCGAUUUCGGGCUGGCCCGCGACAUCAACUUCACCACCGACGGCGGCAAGCUGCCCAUCAAGUGGACCGCCCCCGAGGCCCUCAAGUACAAUAGAUUCUCUAAUAAGUCGGAUGUGUGGAGUUUCGGCAUAUUAUUAUGGGAGAUUUAUUCGUUUGGACGGGUGCCGUAUCCGCGAAUACCCCUGGCCGACGUUGUCAAGCACGUGGAGAAGGGCUACCGCAUGGAGGCGCCCGAGGGCUGUCCCGUGGAGAUCUACGAGAUGAUCCGCGCCGCCUGGGAGCCCAUCCCGGAGAACCGGCCCUCCUUUAGCGAGCUGAUGCUGCGCCUGGAGGCCCUCGCCGGCGCCUACACUUAGCGCUGCCGGCGCGGCCUUUUUUAGCCUGUUUUAUGUGUUGUCUUUUUCUAAAAUUGAUUGUUCUGCUCGUUCUGCUGCUCCUGCCUUCGACCGACCGGCCCCCUGUUUUCCUUGUUUAAUGGACUAAAUCUUAUGGUGUUUCUUUGGGAUGAAUGUCGUGGAUUGGAUGAUAGUUGGCUGCUGACUCCAACGGGACGCGUUUGUGCGUCCCGUUUUUGACUCAAUUGUACACCGGUUGAAAUGUGACUUAAUUAAUGCCUUUUAUUAGCUGCUGAUGCUGAUUAUGGGUUAUGUCAGUUCUUUGAAAGAAUAAAAAAUGCCACACAUAA